GAAGCUCCUGCGGCUGCGCUCCCAAACUCGGACGCUUCGCGGUUCGGUUCACGGAGCCAUCCGGUCACAAGAGCAAAAUCAUGGGUGAUAACUACCGAUAUCCCGUUUUCUUCGAGUGUCCCGGCCUGCUCGAGGGGCAGAUGAAGAAAAUGGAAAAGUAUUUCCGUAUUCGCCGCAAAUCAGGCGGAGGGGAGUGCGGACCUCUGAGGCGCGAGGGUGAGAAAACCUUCAGCGUGGCUUUUAAACACCAGAGAGAUCAGCAGGCAGUCCUGCAGAGAUCUGAGCAUGUUGUGGAUGGUGUGCGGUUCAACGUACGAGGCAGCCUAAAUCCUCACACCUCCUCCUCUCCCAUCACGCCCUCCCCAGGAAACCAGGAUUUUACAUCUCCAGUGAAGAGCCCACGGUCCAUUCCUGCCUCAACACCUCCUCCAAGUGGUGAAGAAUAUGAACUACAGCUCGAUUCCUACCUCCUUCAUUACUUUAAGGAAUGCUCAAAGGCUGGAAAGAAACUAGAGAAGGAACUCGCCUCUGUGGCCUGCUCUACCCAGCUUUACCCAGAGGAGGGGAGGCUUUUAGUCCGGAGUUUAGCUCAACCUGGUGCUGGAGAUGAAGUCCAAAACUGGAAAGCCAGGGUAGACAAACUCUUUGAUGGUUACAUAUGCCACUAUGAGGUGGACCCUCUCAAAAUUAGAACUUUGCUUCAGUCUUACAUCUCUCGUCAGACCGAGGAUGAGGUGAGGAUGUACAUUGAGGCUGGGAUGGUUGUUGUGGUUGGGGAAUGUCCUCAGGUGACAGCCACAUUGAUAGAUGUAGAGGACAGCUUAGGUUUAAGUGAGAGGCAAAACUGUACCCGUAGACUGGGCGAAGCCAAGCUCCGUCUCCUCUGGAAAGAGAUAGAGCGCAGUUUGGGAGGAGAUUUUCCAGGAGUGGAGGUGACGCAGGGAGAUGUAGGAUUAGAAGGUUCUGUUGAGAUUUGUAAGGUUGAAGACUGGAUCUCUGAUAAGGAGAAUUCAGUUUUAGAAAGGAAAGUUUCUGACAUGAGCCCACAUGUUUUGGCCUUCUUAAAGAAGGUUAAUGCAGGACCAGGGGUGCUAGGUGCCCUUUUAGGGGUUGGUGACAAGGUGGAAAUAGAGUUACGAAACACAGAGUUACAUAUCUUCAGCCUCUCUGCUGAUGAUCUGGAUGACACAGAAAAAAAGCUGCAAGAAAAAUUCAAGGAAAUCGACAAUGAAGUGAGUGAAGCUCUGAGUGAAGCGAACACAACAGUUGGCAGUUGCAGCCGUCGUGACAGGAUCCAGGUGCUUGUGUGUCAGGGUGACAUCACCGAACAGCAUGCUGACGCCCUGGUGAACGAUGCCAAUGAAGAUCUGGACCACAGUGGAGGUAUCGCUGCAGCACUGAGCAGAGCAGGUGGUCCUGAAGUGCAGAGUGAGAGCAACACCUUAGUGAGGUAUUAUGGGAAAAUUCCUAUAGGCGAUGUGGUAGCGACCACAGGGGGGAACUUAAACUGCAAGAAACUGCUGCAUGCUGUUGGCCCUGUAGGUGGAAAAGUGGACGGCAGAGAAAGGAUCUUACUCGUAAAAGCAGUCCAGUCUGCUCUAAAUUUAUCAGAAAUCAUGAAGUUUCAGUCCAUAGCCAUUCCUUGUAUCAGCUCAGGGACGUCCGGUUUUCCUGUCACUGUGUGCUCCGAGGCCAUUGCAACUGCUGUUAAUGAGUUUGGCAGUCAGGGAGGGCGCAGUCUGAGCAGAAUCAUCCUGAUUGAUAACAGAGCAGAUGUAGUGAUGGCCAUGCAUGAGGCAUGUCACAGGCUUCUCCAAGGCAUAAGCAACGGAAACGGUGCAGCAAGUCAUUUGGAGAUCCAGAUGGAUGCAUCCGCCCAACUAAAAGGAGUCGGUGCUGGAGCUCCUGGAGAUGGUGUCCGUCUCGAGAUCGUUCAUGGAACCAUUGAGACCCAGCUGGUGGAUGCUGUGGUAUUGCCCAUGGUCGGCCACUAUCCUCUCUCGACCCCUGUCGGAAACACUUUGUUCAAGAUGGUCGGACCUCAGCUGACCUCAAGGUUCGGAGAGGAGGCAGGAGGAGAAAUGCCUGGUGACGCAGUCCUUGUGGAGGGCUUGCCUCGACUUCCAUCUAAUGCAGUGUUCUUCCUCAACCUUGUUCCCUUUGAUGAUGACCAAGAUGGAACUGCAGUCCAGGUUCUAAAAUUGUCCAUCAACAACGUCCUAACCUCUUGUGAGAAUAGAGGGUUCAGGUCUGUUGCUGUCCCUGCACUUGGGGCUGUUCUGGAUUUUCCUGACAGCGUGGUGGCCAGGGUGCUGCUGGAGGAAGUUCAUGCGUUCGAACAGAACCGAGACAGCAGAACACCACUGCUGGUCUGCGUCGUCAUCCACCCCAAUGACGAAGAGACUAGUGAGGCCUUCAAGUCUGCCGAGGAAGCGUUCCAACUGAAAGGAUUCACAAAAGAUGUUCACCAACCAGACCAAGCGUCAACCACAAAAAGGAUUGUCCUGCUGGGAAAAACUGGAGCUGGGAAAAGCAACCUAGCUAACACCUUACUGGGCGAGACGUUAUUCUCCACAAACCAUUCUCCCAACUCUGGGACAAGAGGAUGCCAAGCAAAACCCAAAUCCGUCAAUGGAAGGAACAUCACUUUGAUCGACACCCCUGGUUUCUUUGACUCGGGCAGGGCUGAGGAGGAUGUGAAGAAAGAGAUAGUGAGGUGUAUCACAGAGUGCGCUCCUGGGCCUCAUGCUUUUCUCAUUGUGCUUAAAGUGGAGAAAUUCACCGAGCAGGAGCAGGCUGUCAUCGACAAGAUAUGCCAAUAUUUCUCUGAAGAUGCUCUGAAAUAUGCUGCUAUCGUCUUCACUCAUGGUGACCAGCUCCCGGAAGGGAUGAAAAUUGAGGAGUUUGUCAGUCAGAAUCAGAACCUGAGCGAUCUGGUGAAGAAGUGCGGAGGUCGGUGCCACGUCGUGGAUAAUAAAUACUGGGAGGACAACGUGCCGAAUGACUACAGGAGCAACCAGUUCCAGCUAAAGGACAUACUCAACACAAUAGACAAGAUGGUGGCGGAAAACAAUGGAGACCACUACAUCAAUAAAAUGUUGCAAGCAGUGGAGAAAGAAAUACAGACAGAGGAAGAAGAGAUAAGACAGUCAUCGGGAAAUAUGCCGGUGGAAGAGAUCAGAAAACAGGCGAAAAGCAGGGUGUCUGAGAGGUUUCUGAUCCAGCUGGCAGGUACUGCGACAGGAGCGUUGCUGGGAUGUUUUUUUGGUGUGGCAGAGAUGAUCGCACUGGCUCAGCAGAACUCUGCAACACUACUGAAACUUGUGAAAGCAGUGCCAGCAGUCGGAGGUCCAGCCACAGCAGCAAUGGGAGGUGCACAACCAGCAGGACUGACUGCUGCCGUGGUGAUGGCAGGCGUGUCUACAGUCGGCUCGGCCACGGUGGGAGGAGUAAUAGGUGGCGCUGUUGGACUCGAUGCAGCUGAGGGAGCGCAAACACCAUGGGAGGCAGCGCAGAGGGCAGCUGCAGCUGUCAUGAGGAGAAGUGGAGGUGGAAAAAAGAUUUUAAAACCGUGAAAACAUGAUAUCAGG